UUUAUGCAACUAGCCAGCCAUAAUGCAAUGUGGCAAUCUCGAAAAGGUGCGGCCUUCGGGUUCUCAUCAAUAAUUGCUCAAGCCGAGGAGGAGUUGAAACCUUACUUGAAAGAUUUGAUACCCCGAUUGUAUCGAUUUCAGUAUGACCCCAAUCCCAGGGUCAACGAGGCCAUGACGAGUAUCUGGAAAUCAUUAGUGAAAGAACCUAAAAAGAUCAUGGAAGAAUAUUUUGAAACAAUCGUGAAAGAUUUACUUAAGUCUCUUGGUGAUCGAUUAUGGAAAACUCGAGAAGCCAGUGCCAAUGCGUUAACAGACCUUUUGCAAGGUCGUUCUAUUCAGGAACUGGAACCUUUCUUACAGGACUUGUGGAACAUGUGUUUUAGAGCUUUGGAUGAUAUUAAAGAAAGCGUUCGAAUAGCAGCAUUUAAGACAUGUCGUACGCUGACCAAGGUUACAGUGAAAUACUGCAAUCCUGAAAAUGUGUCUGUAGUCGAUGGUCAAAAAUUUAUGAAAGUCGUUAUACCAUUCCUCUUAACCAAAGGUUUAUUGUCAGAUGCUGAGGACGUUCGCAAAUUUUCCUUAAGGACAAUUCUCGAAAUUUGCAAGACCUCCAAAGGAUUGUUGAAACCUCACAUUGCAGAGUUAGUUAGUACCUUAUUAGAAGGACUUUCUAGCAUGGAACCUCAAGUGAUGAAUUAUCUUAGCUUUCACGUGGAAAAAUAUGAGGUCACGCAAGAGCAGCUUGAAAGCACUCGUUUAUCCGCUGCAAAAAUGUCACCUAUGAUGGAAGGAAUUGAAUCCUGUGUUGAUUACAUUGACACCGGAGUGAUGGAGGAGUUAACACCAAAGUUACUCCAACUUAUACGAAAGGGGUUGGGAUUGCCGACUAAGGCGGGUUGUGCGCGAUUUCUGGUGACCAUGACCCUCAAGCAGGCGACCACACUGAGGCCUUUUGCCGACAAUAUCAUGAAAGCUCUGAGUGGAUCCAUUUUAGACAAUUCAUCGGCAGUUCGUAAGUCGUAUGCUGUCGCUGCCGGAUACGUUGCACACCUGUCCACUGAUAGCACCCUAAUAAGAUUUAUCGGGCAUUUAAAGAAAAUUUAUUGCGAUAAUAGUGAGCAAGAUAUACGAUCGAUUGCUGGCAUUACAGUUUUAGAAAUAUCAAGACACGCAUCUGAUGAGAUGAAGCGGAUUUAUGUAGAAAUAUUACCAUUUGCAUAUUAUGGCAUGCAUGAUUCGGACGAUGGAAUAAAGAAUGUGUGGACCGAGGUAUGGGACGAAAAUACGGCUGGGUCAACCGGUGCUAUUAAAUUGUAUCUAAAGGAAUUGAUCGAUCUUUUGUCAAAAUUGAUGGAGUCCCCUUCGUGGUUGACAAAGCGACAAGCUGCUGAGACUAUCGCGGAUGUAGCAAAAACAAUAGAACAAAGCUUAUUGCCAUACAUGAAGCUAGUCCUUCCGUUGUUAAUAAAUGGAUUAUCAGGAAGAACAUGGGUUGGAAAGGAAGCUCUUGUUCAAGCCUUAGCAACGUCCUCCAUAUAUUGUAAAGAAUAUUUCGACCAGGGAGAUUCGCAAGUGAAAUUGAAUGAAGUUUCAAACGUUCUUAUACGUGAAAGCAAGAAGACAAACAAACAGUAUAAGCGGAAUUGUCUUGAUAAUCUUGGGUUGUUCGCAGAUGCCUACAAUAACAGAUUAGACAUUUAUACAGAAGUUAAAGAUUUCUUAAUUGAAUUGGCAAUCGGAGAACAGAACCCAGAUGAAAUGGAUGAGGAUGAUGCAAACGAGCAACCAUUGUUUUUAUUGGUCAAAGCUAGCGCGAUGAAAUGUCUCGGUUUGGUCUGGUCAAAAAACAGAGAAGUACAAUUACAUCAUUCGAAAGAACUAGGAACAAUCCUUGCCGAAUCUCUAGGCUCUGGAAAAAACAUUUGGAAUGUGCGUUUAGGUGUCCUUGCGUCUCUCGAAAAAUUCAUUGAAAAGUUAGAUUUCACUGAUGAUAAAGAGCUAGUGCUCGAUGAAGAAACCCUUAUCAAAAUUUUUGGAGGCUUGAAAGAAGGGCUUAUGGACGCCAAGUAUUCAGUAGUCCGUACGGCGAGUUUGAAUAGUCUAAAGAAAAUCACAGAAAAAAUUAACGAUACCAAAUUAAUGUCUUCGGGAAAAGUUAGACAAGGAUUACUCGACACACUUUCCAUUGCCGAGAAAGAUCCUGUGCCCGGAAUAUCCGAAUUAGUCAAGGAAAUUCGAAAAUCUAUAUGA